AUGGGUACGCCACUUUGCACGACGUCCUAUGGCGCUCAGGGCGGCGCAGAUGGCGGCGGCUUCAUGCCAGGCUCGCAGGGCGAGGGCAACGCUGUCGCAAAGCGUGGCUACGGCUCAGACAACCUCCGCCCAGUCACCAUCAAGCAACUCCUCGGCGCAGAACACCCCAACCCAGACGCCGAUUACUUCAUGCUUGACGGCAACGAGAUGAAGCAAGUCACGUUCGUCGGCCAAGUCCGUAACAUCUCCACGCAAACCACCAACGUUACCUACAAGCUGGAUGACGGCACCGGCACCAUCGAAGUCAAAGUGUGGAUCGAUGCGGAGGCAAUGCAGAAUGAUGAGAUGGACAUGGGAGCUGGGAAGAAGAAGCCAGCUGAGCAAGGCUAUGCAAGAGUCUGGGGACGUUUGAAGGAUUUCAACAACAGACGCCACGUCGGAGCGACUGUAAUACGGCCUAUCGAAGAUCCCAACGAGAUCACAUACCACCUUCUCGAGGCGACCGUCGUACAUCUACACUUCACCAAAGGACCGCUCGAAACACAGCAAGCAAAUGGCGGCGCCACAAACGGCCACGCCGCACAACAGCAAAUAACGAACGGAUACUCUGGCGGUGGAGGAGGAGGCGACAGCGGAGACGUCCUGAGGAUGCAAGGCGUCAGCCAGAUGGCGAAGAAGAUGUUCGCUUGCCUGAAGCAAACACCACAGACGAAUGAGGGUCUGCACGCGCAGGACAUUGCCACUCGGUUAGGGGUUGAGAUCACCGAAGUUAAGAAGGCCAGCGACGAACUCAUGGGAUUGGGUAAGGUGUACACGACCGUGGACGACGACACAUGGGCGUUACUGGACAUAUGA